AUGAAGUAUUUUGGAAUGUUUACUUCAGGAAUACUAGGCCACCUGAAUAGUGGACUGCUGGACUUCCUCCUGUUUGGCAGCUUAAUUGCUGCUGUGGAUCCUGUAGCUGUUCUGGCAGUCUUUGAAGAAGUCCAUGUCAAUGAAGUUCUUUUCAUCAUUGUUUUUGGAGAAUCACUUCUGAACGAUGCUGUAACUGUGGUGCUGUACAAUGUGUUUGAAUCUUUUGUUACAAUAGGUCCAGAGAAUGUGACGGGGAUUGAAUGUGUCAAAGGCAUAGUGUCGUUCUUUGUGGUGAGCCUGGGUGGGACACUGGUUGGCAUUUUCUUUGCGUUCCUGCUCUCACUGGUCAGUCGUUUCACCAAGCAUGUGAGAAUCAUUGAACCUGGAUUUGUGUUUAUCAUUUCCUACCUGUCCUACCUCACAGCGGAGAUGCUUUCUCUUUCCGCUAUCCUUGCGAUAACUUUCUGUGGCAUCUGCUGUCAGAAAUAUGUCAAGGCUAACAUAUCUGAACAAUCUUCUACAACUGUAAGAUAUACCAUGAAAAUGAUGGCCAGUGGAGCAGAAACUAUUAUCUUCAUGUUCCUGGGAAUUUCAGCUGUAAAUCCAGACAUCUGGACGUGGAAUACAGCUUUUAUUUUGUUGACUCUGGUCUUCAUCUCAGUAUAUAGAGUUAUUGGUGUAGUUUUACAGACAUGGAUUCUUAACCACUACAGAAUGGUCCAGUUGGAGAUAAUAGACCAAGUGGUAAUGUCAUAUGGUGGACUACGUGGAGCGGUUGCUUUUGCUCUGGUUGUACUUCUGGAUGGGAACAAAGUGAGAGACAAAAACCUGUUUGUCAGCACAACUAUCAUUGUUGUGUUUUUCACUGUUAUUUUCCAGGGACUGACUAUCAAGCCUUUGGUACAAUGGCUGAAAGUGAAGAAAACUGAACACAGAGAGCCAAAACUGAAUGAGAAACUUCAUGGCAGAGCCUUUGAUCACAUUCUUUCUGCUAUAGAAGACAUUUCUGGACAAAUAGGACAUAAUUAUCUGAGAGACAAGUGGUCCAAUUUUGAUAGGAGAUUCCUCAGUAAAAUCCUGAUGAGAAGGUCUGCUCAAAAGUCAAGAGACCAGAUCCUUAACGUUUUCCAUGAACUCAACUUGAAGGAUGCAAUUAGCUACGUGGCUGAGGGAGAACGGAGAGGUUCCUUGGCAUUUAUACGUUCUCCAAGUACAGACAACAUGGUAAAUGUGGAUUUCAGCACCCCGCGCCCAAGUACUGUGGAAAGCUCUGUCUCUUAUUUACUGAGAGAAAAAGCUGGACCAGUUUGCCUUGACAUGCAAGCUUUAGAGCAGAGGAGGAAAAGUAUCCGGGACACAGAAGACAUAGUCGCUCAUCACACCCUGCAACAGUACCUGUAUAAACCCAGGCAGGAGCACAAACACCUGUACAGUCGGCAUGAGAUCAUGCACAGUGAAGAUGAGAAACAAGACAAGGAGAUUUUCCACAGGACAAUGAGGAAACGCUUAGAAUCUUUCAAGACUACCAAACUAGGAAUAAACCAUCCCAAGAAGCUCAAUAAAAUCCACAAGCGAGACCGGGGCCAAAAAAGG